GAUGAAUGGGACUUGUUGGAAAAAUUGCCUGUGAAAGAGCUUCGAAGACAGGCUGCGCGAAAAUGUGUUCCUUUGACGCAGAUUUCCACGGCAGUGGAGAAGAGCGAUUUGAUCAAUCUCAUCAUCAAAGCUGGACCAGUGUUGGACCAGUAUGAUGUGAGCGUCGGUGUGAAGGUUUGGACCGCUGAGGCGGUAGACAGCCAUCAACCAGGCGCAAAGAAGCCAGUGAAGACGAAAGACAAGAGGAUUAAGAAAGACCAGGCAAGGCUCAAGGAUGUCAAAGAGGGAGAGAAGUCCAAGAAGAAGAAGAAACGAGGGUCAUCUUCCAGCGAAGAGGCCUCUGAGCAGAAGAAAAAGAAGAGGAAGAAAAGCAAGGGCAGGAAAACAAAAGGUGGCCAAGCCGUCUCCCGCAGCCCGAGCUUGACGAUGAUGCUGCCGGCAGAUGCCCCUUUGCAGCUUGCCAAAACUGAAUCAGGCCGCAACUUAGCUACUCGCGAUUCUCGCGCUUCACGCAGCCCGAGCUUGACGAUGUUGGGAGACGCUCCAUCCGUGACGGACCUCGAGGUUUGCAUCAUCGAAAGUCACGAGCCAGGUACAGAGGUACCGAAGAAAGACAAGGAGAGGCAGCCCAAGAAGAACAAGGAUAAGGGUGAGGAGGUUGAGAAGACCAGGAAGAAGAACAAAGGUCGUUCCCGCAGCCCGAGUUUGGCGGUGGCGGUAGAUGCUCCUCCGCAAGUGACGGACGGCGGCGAGGCCCGGAAAGCUCAAGCCGGAAGUGCGGAUACGGCACAGGCAGGAGUUGCCGCAGCAGCAGCUCUCGGCUUCAACGUGCUGCCGAAGCAGUCCAGCUAUGCGCCGAACGCCCCAGCUCCAGGUCUCCGCCCGUCGCUGCAUGCACCGACAGCACUUCCGACACCAAAUUCCACCUCGCUGGGGCAUCGUGUUUGUGUGCAGUAUCUUUGCUUCACGCGCUGUGAUCGGGGCAGCAACUGUCCAGAGGCACACAUCAUGGACCCAGAAGAGGAGAUGCGUGUCCGCGCAAAGUUCAAAAUGCAGGAGUGUAACCAAGGUGCUAACUGCACCCGCACGAGCUGCCUGUUCAGACAUCCCGGCGAGCGUGUGGAAGAGGCAAGUUUGUCUGGCAGUCAGCUGCAGAAGGCGACUCCACAAAGUGGUAUCACGCGGUAA